AUGCCAAAAUUCUUUUCUGCCCUUACGGGAAAGAAUAGUAGUGCCUCUCUCUUUGAGAUCCGUCUAGCCAAAGAUGUCAUCGUACUUCAUGGAGAUUGUGUCGAGGCCUCAAGUCAGAUCCUUAGUGGUGUCGUAGUACUAAGACUACACCAAGCGUUGAAGGUUGAAGAUUUACACUUAAAAAUGAGUGGGCUAUUGAAAAUAUCCUGGCCCGAAAAGAAAAAUAAUAAUGAUUCCGAAGGUAAUAUGCAUGUUUACAAGAACUGUGAGAUCUUUAAUCAUAAAUGGGCACCUUUCAUCGGCGGCGUAGGUCCUGGGUCUUCCUCCAAAGGAUUAAUAUUGCAUCCGGGAAACUAUGAAUGGCCAUUUGACCUCAUUCUUCCUGGAUCGAUGGCUGAAAGUGUCGAGGGCAUGCGGGAAACUUAUAUUACAUAUAAAUUGAAGGCAACAUUAGCUCGUGGAAAGUUGGCACACGACUUGCACACUUGGAAACCAGUGCGCAUCAUUCGAACUCUCGAUUCAACAGACUUAGACCUGGCACAGCCCAUGAGUGUCGAGAAUGUAUGGCCAAACAAAGUCGAAUAUUCAGUAAUGGUCCCUCAGAAGGCCGUCAUGUUUGGCACUGCUGUUGAUAUUGAGAUGCGAUUUACAAUGUUGCUUAAAGGCCUCCGCAUAGGCGAGAUUAAAUGCCGCCUAUUUGAAAUAAUAGAGCUUACAGCAAUGGGAUCAGCACUGCGGCACGAAUCCGAGAAGACCUACUCCAAUGAAAAACAAAUCGGAAUGUGGAUUUUUCAUAUGAGCGAGAACAGUUACCAAGAAAUGCUUUUCGACAAUGGUCAAGAUGGCCAUUUGUUAAUUGAGAAAUUACCUUUGCCCAAGAAGUUGAAUGAAUGUCUGCAGGACUGCGAUACUAAUGGCAUCAAAGUGAGACACAAGGUUAAGUUUAAUGUAGUCCUCAUAAAUCCAGAUGGACAUCACUCUGAGCUUCACGCAACAAUUCCUAUUAGCAUAUUUUUCUCUCCAAGCAUGCCUCUCACUGCUAGCGGCGAACUUGUUAAUCAAAGCUCAGAGAGCAAUGCGAGUGCUAUCGACAUAAUGCGGCACGCUCCCCCCUUGUAUGGGGAUCACUUAAUGGACCCACUUUUUUCUGGAGCAUAUCAACCGGGCUUGAUGACACCUAGCUUCCGGUCGGGAAUGAACACUCCAGCACGUAUCCAUUCUAGAACUGGCUCGAGUGAAAAUCUGGCGUCUCUUGAUGGCACUUUAUCUCCCUGUUCUCCGGCAGUUGGUGCAAUAACUCCAGCAGCCCUUUCAUCGAGGCUUCAGAAUCUAAGUUUUGGUUCAAGAAACAGUAGUUUUCGUCGUCUUGCAGGGCUGGGCAGUUCCGGUUCAAGCACACCGCACAUAUAUCCUAAUGUUGAUUCGGAUCGCCAGGGAAGCUUUGAUGGAAGUUACCGACUUGAAUUCCCUAGAAACUUGGGCUACACCCCUAGUAAUCCGCUAAGCAGACGUGCAAGCGGCGAUACAGGUUCACACUCGAAUCCGAACAGUGGUCAACAUACCCCCGAUUAUAGCGAGACUCUAGACAUGGAAGGACUUAGCAAGGUUCCAUCGUAUAGUACCGUUCGGCGCAUGACAUACGAUAGUCUUCCGAAUUAUGAGUCUGUCUUAUCUAGGCCACCAAGCCCAGCUCGAACACUUAGCUUCGCAGUCCCUUCUCGUACCGACCAAAGUGCUUCAAGCUCUAGAUCUGCCACAACGAUUAAUAACAACGUAAUUAUCAUGGAUAAUUCAGUUUCGUGUAACCUCCGUGAUAGGUCCAAAAAUGCGGCAAAUGUGCCGCAAUAA